UGCCGCCGCUGUCCAUUGGACCCGGUACCAACCGACGACACGCGAGGAGCUCAUUCCUGCCCCUCUCCGUCCCUCUCAACUUUUCCUCUCUUCUUCCUCGGCGUUGGCAAGGAGGCGUCGGAAGGUCCGCGGAGAUGGAAGGUAGGAGGAAUUAGCCGGGCAGCUGCUUUGGGCACCUGAAGGGACUCCCCGGAGGAAGUGGGUGUCGGGCACGGAAUGAGAGCCAGGGAGUCUGUCUGAGGAGCUCCCGCAGCAGCAGCAGCAGCACCCUCGAUCUCUGGCUCCUUUGCUCCUUUCCUUGGCACAGACUUUUUGCCAGCUUACGAGUGAUUCAAACAAGUGGCUCUAGUACCACUUUGGAGUGGUGGCUCUGGCAAACCAAGCUCUGGCUUUCCCAUUACUGCUCACUAUCUUCCACUAGCUCUCCCCAUUACACCCUGCUUUUUUAAAAAAAAAAAAAAAUUGAGGAUGAAAUAAUGUUGACAUGCCUUGAAUUAUUAAGUAUCCCCUGGAUUUUAUUAGCACAUGAUGCCUAAAUGCUGCCUGUAUCUGGUGGGGUCUUAACCGGGCGUGCAGAGGAGCGGCACACACAGCGGCACAGGGAGCGGCGGCCAGCUCUGACAGCUGGGCUUGUGCAGAUAAGCAAACGGAAGCACCAGAAGAUCACUAGUGAGACAAGAGGAAAGCUGCGUUCAGAAGCUUCUGAGAGACUGGGGCCAGAUUCCCCAGCCCUUCUCCUCCUCCUCCUCCCUGGUCGGGUUUACUAAUUUAGGGGCGUCCUGCAGCAGCCAGGGGUAAGCGGCCGGUGCGGGGCACCUCAGGCUUCCACUGCCUCCCCUCACUGGGGGGGUAGCGUGCUGCCUGGUGCCUCGGCACAGAUGCCGAUUGAGAUUGUCUGCAAAAUCAAAUUUGCAGAGGAGGAUGAGAAGCAGGCGGCGAAAGAGGAAGGGGACAAGGAGAGCUUGCUAGAGGAGACUAGCCGGCCACACCAUCGUGACCUGGCCGCCUUCGCUGGCACCAGCACCCUGCACGGCCUGGCCCAUAUUUGCCGCUCAGGGCAACUGGGGGUCCGACAGGUCCUCUGGGCACUUGCAUUUGUGGCCUCUUUGGCCUUUUUCUUGUAUCAGGCAGCUCGGUCAGCACUCUUCUACCUGGAGCAUCCACAUGUCACCACCCUGGAUGAGGAGGCUACCCAAAAGAUGGUCUUCCCAGCCGUCACCAUUUGCAACAUCAACCGUUUCCGUCAUUCGGCACUUACAGACGCCGAUAUUUUUCACCUAGCCAACAUGACUGGAUUGCCACCCAAGGACCGUGAUGGACACAAGGCCUCUGACCUGCUCUAUCCUGACCCAGACAUGGCUGACAUUGUCAACCGCACUGGGCACCAACUUGAUGACAUGCUGAAGAACUGCAGCUUUAGUGGUGAGAAUUGCUCUGCAGAAAACUUCACAGUAGUCUACACCCGCUAUGGAAAAUGCUACACAUUCAAUGGUGACCGAAACAAAGCACGGAUGACUCGCCAGAGUGGGAUGGGGAAUGGGCUGGAGAUCAUGUUGGACAUCCAACAGGAGGAAUACUUGCCCAUCUGGAGAGAAACCAAUGAGACAUCAUUUGAAGCUGGAAUCCGAGUACAGAUCCACAGCCAGGAUGAGCCACCCUACAUUCAUCAGUUGGGAUUUGGAGUCUCCCCUGGUUUCCAGACCUUCAUUUCCUGCCAGGAGCAGCGGCUUGCUCCCCUUCUCCUGCAGCUGACAUACCUGCCCCAGCCUUGGGGGAGCUGCCAGGCCAGCCUGAAGGAGGAACAGACCCUGCCUGGCUACGAGAGAUACAGCAUUGCUGCUUGCAGGCUGCAGUGUGAGAAAGAGGCGGUGGUGCAAAACUGCCAGUGUCGCAUGGUGCAUAUGCCAGGAAAUGAGACCAUCUGUUCACCCAAUGUCUACAUUGAAUGUGCUGAUCACACACUAGAUACAGCCAUUGAAGAUACCCAGGAACGCUGUAUCUGCCCCACACCAUGUAAUGUGACCCGCUAUGGCAAGGAGAUUUCCAUGGUACGCAUUCCCAACAAAGGCUCGGCCCGGUACCUUGCUCGCAAAUACAACCGCAAUGAGACCUAUAUCCGGGAGAACUUCUUGGUGCUGGAUAUCUUCUUUGAGGCACUGAAUUAUGAGGCAAUUGAACAGAAGAAGGCAUACAAUCUGGCAGGGCUUCUGGGGGACAUUGGAGGCCAGAUGGGCCUCUUCAUUGGGGCCAGUGUCUUAACUAUCUUGGAAAUCUUGGACUACAUCUGUGAGGUGAUCUGCGACAAGGUGGCCCAUGGCCUACGGCGUCCCAAACCUGCCCUGAAGAAGCCUUUGGGCAGUAUUGCCACGCUGGGACUGGAGGAAAUCAAGGAGCAGAGCUCCUGUGAGACCCUGGGCCAUCACUCUGAGGGCAACUACCCUACAGGCCUCCUGCCUAACCACCACCAUCGCCACCACUACUCGCCCCAGGGGGUCUUUGAAGACUUUGCUUGCUAGUCCGACUCCCACAUAGGGGAGAAGGGCUGCUAGCAUGGCUUUGGGCACAGCACAUUCCACCUGUGCGAAUGGCCCUUCCUCGUUGAAGCCAGACCAACCUAUGUCCGCCCACUUCCUAAGGCUUUCCAAAAGCAUCUUACACUUUUCACCCCACCCCACCCCCACCCCCUCUAACCCUGGCCCUUCUCUAAGAAUCGGUGCCCCUCCCCCCCCAUACCGAAGCACAGAGGUAGGCUGAACUGCCAAAGUCAAGGAGGCCUCUGAGCAGCUCCAUUGAUCCAAAAUAAGCUCGGGGUAGUCGGCGCUCGCCCUCAAAAUAGGAGGAAGUACACUGGGGGAAAUGGAGCAUGCUGGGAAGUAGAGGUGCCUUCUCAAGAAAGGGAAGCAAAAUAACCCCGAGGCCCAGUCGGAUGGGACAAGACUGACCAGUCAAUUGCUUACAAGCCUCUGUAGCCGAACCUCCUUUGGCUGCAGAUUCCACUUGGGGGAAAACGUGUUCUUUGUAGCAUUUCUCACUUGACUCUCCCUUUUUCUCCAGCAUUUGUAUUCCUGUUUUUGUGCCCAUCCAAUCACCCCUUUGCCCACAUCCAGACCAUUCAGACAUGCAUUACCCCUAGUCCAAAUGUUACAUGCACACAGAGGUGUCUCAGGGCAGAAAUCAGGUUCUGUCUCUCAGUAUCUGCCGUUUGGCAGUUCCAUGUCCCUGUUCACGUAUUGCUGCCCACGCCAGAACUGUGUCCAAAACAGGGUUCAAGAUCACAAAUCCUGCUCUUUCAAGGGAGUUCCAGGCUAUUUGCCUUUACUGUACAGACUCUGGCCUGUUACCUCACCCCUCCUUGCAUCUUUCUUCCUCUUUCACAGCUGUAAAUGUGUACAUAAGUGUUUGGGGCCCCCCAAUGGUUUUUAGCCACCUAGUUCUCUGUCAUUGCAGCUGCCCCCUGCUGGUGUCUCCAAGAACUGCUGGUGCUGCCAGGCACCUUAAGACAUCAAAGCUCAGGCUCCCUCCAGGCCCAGCAGGAGGUGGCUGAACCCCUGAGUCUCCUCAGGGACUCCCUUCCCAGAUGUACAGACUUCUCAUCACCACACCUGUUCCUUCCAUCUGUCCCCUCUCUCCAAAAGCAUUCAGGGUUCAGAUAGUAACAUCCCUGGAAGAAGAAUCUCUGAAGGCCCCUUGCAAUACAGUGAGGAGCUCCCACAUCCCCUGUGAUGCCCGUCCAUGGGUUGAAGGACACAGGCUGUUGAUACAAGGGGGUGUAGGACGGCUUCUCCUCCCAAAGUGUUGGGGAGGGGUGUGUGGCAAAUCCUUGCUUAAAGUUACGGUAGAUUAAAACCAAACCACCAAUCUCUGGGGCAAAGGAUGCCCAGCCAUGACCCUCAGAUCCCAAGCAGCAAACCAGGAAGACCCUUACAUGAUCGUACAACAUAUGCCCCAUGCCUAGUCAAGUGCCCCCCAUACUAACGAGGCAUUUUCAGAAAGAAAGGAGACGCACAAGAAUAUGCUGGAAAACCUCCUCUCGCUCCCAUCUCUAAUGAGCACCAGGUGUCGAGAUACUUGACUGCAAAAGAGAGCAGCAUAUGAUGUAAAAUAUCCAAGCUAUUCACCUGAAGAAGGAAACAGCCUUUGGGUGCGGUGGGAUGGGACGCGGACUGCCAACCAGCCUUGGAUCUUCCUGGGAAAGAUCCCCCCCCCAUACUUUUACUGAGCGCAAGUCGCUGUUUUACACAUGUAUAAAUUUCUCCCAAUAAAGAGGCACAGGUAGAACUCCA